UCUUGAAGUAGCCGAGUCUAUACAACAAGUGCUGAUGGUAAUUUCUGUUACGAUUGUGGCGGUUAUUGGGAUUAUCGGUAAUGUGAUGACAAUACUCGCUGUUUUGACUAACAAACUUAUAAGGCAAAAUACUGCUAACUUUUUUGUAAUAAACCUGGCGAUAUCUGAUCUAAUUAUUGCUAGCAUCAUCUGUCCAGACUGGAUUGUCUCUCUGAUAUAUCGACGGUCUGUCUUUCCUCAGAUUUGGUGCACCAUUAAUGGUUCAAUUAUUACAAUCUUAUCACUCUUUUCUAUUUUUAAUUUAUUUGUUAUAGCGUUAAGUCGAUUUGUGUACGUUGUUUACAACAAAUUUUAUGCAAAAAUGUUCACUAGAAAUUUAAGUUUAGCAAUGUGUGUAUUUACCUGGAUUUUAUCGUUUGCUCUCUAUUUUUUGUUUAAUGGAGAAAACCUAUAUAUAGAGUUUCAUAAAGGAAUGCUUAUUUGUGGAUUUCCUAAAGCCACAGGAAAAAAGGUAUUCAUUCUAGGUGCCAUCUGCAUAAUUAAUAUGUGUUUGGUUGCCUUAUUCUACGGAAUCAUUUUCAGAUUUAUAGUUAAGAGUCGAAUGCGAACAGGAAACCAAGUAAACCCUAAUACAAGUGUAGUAAAAACGUUCUUCAUUGUUUUUACUAUGUACACCCUAACAUUCAUGCCGUGUAUGAUAAUGAGAAGCAGCACGACCGAACCCGAAAAAUGGACACUUCUUUGGCAGGCUUGUUUGUUCGUAUUCAUAUCUAACUCUUGUAUGAAUCCUUUCAUAUAUAGUUGGCGGAACAAGAUAUACCGGCAAACAUUUCACAAAUUUAUUAAAUGUCAAUUUAAAUGAAUAUAGGUAGGUCCAUAUUAUAGUUUCCAAUACUGUAUUGUAAAUAUUGAAGUUUGGGUAGGUUUUGUUUCUAUUUUUAUCUACUAAGUACAGUAUGUGUUACCUUACUGGCAA